AUGGCUGACAAUCAAAUAUCUGGAAAAAUUCCAACAGAACUGGGAAAUCUUGUAAACUUGAUUUAUUUGUCCAUAGAGAACAACUACUUAACUGAAGUUAUUCCAGAGAGUUUUGCUAAGUUUCAAAACAUGCAAGAAUUGUAUUUAGGAAAAAACAAACUGUCGGGUACCAUUCCGGCGGCCUUUUUAGGAAAUCUCAGUCACUUGUCUGAGUUUGAUUUAUCAAACAAUUUGUUGAUUGGAGAGAUUCCCUCAACCAUUGAAAAUUGCAAAAAGUUGCAAAUAGUAGACUUUUCAAUGAACAACCUUAGUGGAGCUAUACCAACACAACUUCUUGGCAUUUCCUACUUAUCAAUACUACUCAACCUAUCACAUAACUCAUUUAGUGGUAAUUUGCCUCCUGAGGUGGGCAUGCUUAAAAACAUCGGGACACUUGAUAUAUCUGAGAAUCAUCUCUCUGGAGGCAUUCCCGAAAAUAUUGGAGAUUGCUCUAGCUUGGAGUACCUAUAUUUAGAGGGCAAUUCUUUAGAUGGAAUCAUACCAUCUUCUAUAGCUUCACUAAAAGGUCUUCUACAACUAGACCUAUCACGAUACAACUUGUUUGGUUCAAUUCCACAGGAAUUACAAAAUAAUUCUGUGUUAGAAUGGUUCAGUGCUUCUUUUAACAAGUUGGAGGGUGAGGUUCCCAUGCAUGGCGUUUUCCAAAAUGCUAAUAGAGUUUCAUUGACUGGCAAUGACAGGCUUUGCGGCGGGGUAGCAAAAUUGAAUCUACAGCGUUGCCCACCCAAAAGUUUGAAAAAGAGAAAACACCAUGUUGGCCGCAAAUUGAUCAUCAUCAUCAUCAUCUUCUCAAUUGCAUUUAUUCUUCUAUUGUCACUUGUCCUUACUAUCAUCAUCUAUCAGAUAAUGAGGAAAAGGCAGAGAAAAGCAUCCACUGAUUCAACAAUUGAGCAAUUUCCGAAGGUAUCAUACCAAGAGUUACACCAUGCCACAAAUGGGUUUUCGGUUCAGAACUUGAUAGGAACCGGAGGUAUAGGUUUUGUGUACAAAGGAAGACUUAAUUCAGAAGAAAGAGUUGUUGCUGUAAAGGUUCUAAACCUUCAGAAGAAAGGAGCUCAUAAAAGUUUCCUUGCCGAAUGUAAUGCUUUUAGAAAUAUCAGGCAUAGAAAUCUAGUCAAGAUUAUCACAUGUUGCUCUAGUGUGGAUCACAAAGGUGACGACUUUAAGGCAAUAGUUUAUGAAUACAUGAAAAAUGGGAGCUUAGAGGAAUGGUUGCAUCAAAAUGCAGAACAACAAAGAACACUGAAAUUCGAAAAAAGAUUAGAAACUGUUAAUGGAAUUGCUUAUGCAUUACACUAUCUUCACUAUGAGUGUGAGAAGCCUAUUGUUCAUUGUGAUUUAAAACCAAGCAAUGUCCUUCUUGACGAUGACAUGGUUGCUCAUGUGAGUGAUUUUGGCUUAGCCAGACUUGUUUCAACAAUUGAUGGCAAAUCCAAUAUUCAAACCAGCUCAAUGGGAAUAAAGGGGACUAUAGGUUAUACUCCUCCAGAGUAUGGAAUGGAUUCUCAAUUGUCAACAGAAGGCGACAUGUACAGCUUUGGGACUCUUCUUAUGGAGAUGUUCACCGGGAGAAGACCAACUGAUGCAAUGUUUAAAGAUGGACACAACCUCCAUAACUAUGUGAAAAUUGCAUUUCCAAAUAACAUUUUGGAGAUUGUUGAUGCAACUCUCUUCUCAGAGGAAAAUGACCAUCUUGCAGUUACAACAGAUGUUGCAAGUGAUUUGCGUCCUAAUGUUGAGAGGUGCUUAUCUUCUUUAUUUAAGAUAGGAUUAUCUUGUUCAGUGGAGUCUCCAAGAGAAAGAACCAAUAUCAAGGCAGUCAUUGCGGAACUCAAUAUAAUUUCAAAAGCUUUGGCUGAUUAAGC